AUGGAAGACUCUAGUGUGAUCCAUGAGCUCCGAAUGAAUCGGCGGCAAUUAUCAUUGAGCAAUUCACAAGUAGUCGAAUCCUCGCCAGCAACCAUACCACCAUCGGAAGAAGUAGGAGAGCCAUUGAGACCAUCAACUUUAGUCACAAACUUGCUCUAUUCUAUAGAUUCAUUAUUGUCUUUUGUGCAUUAUAUAUCGAAGUUCCCGCGUCCCAUCCUCGGAAGCCUGGCCAACGAAGAUAGCGGUGUCAAAGCCUUUGCUGGGAAUCAAAUGACCAGAAGUCUUGGAAGCGGCGCUUCUUUCCAUGUUGUCUCUGCUUAUGUCGAUCAGUAUCCUGAUGAAUUACGAGAGGGAAGCUCUCCACAAGGAAAGCUUCGGGCCAUCAAGAUCCCGGCUUUCAAGCCCAGCCGAGAAGAAAGUCUUGAUCAACGUGAGCUUCGAAUGCUUCGAGAAAUAGCAUGGGAGCUUCGUGUCUUGUGUCAUGAGCCCUUAGGAGCAGCGCCCAACGUGGCAGGCUAUUUUGGUUUGGUGUGGAAGCUGAGCAACGAUCCAGAUCUUGACACCCGUCUCCUUCCUUGUAUUGUCAUGGAAUAUGCCGAGUUGGGCACCCUCAACGAUCUCUUUCAGGGCGAGUUAUUCGCGUUAACGUUCGUUACGAAAUGGAAAUUGACAAAUGAUAUUGGAAAUGGGAUGGCUACGCUCCACCGACACGGUAUUGUACACAGCGACCUUAAAGCCGAGAACGUUCUCGUUUUUCCGGAUCACAAAGGCGGGUUGAUUGCAAAAGUUGCGGACUUUGGAUUUGCUAUGAACAGUUUAGAAAGGGGAGAUAGUAUUUUCUUUCGGGGCUUCACUCCUCCUUGGGAUGCCCCGGAAAUUAGUAAUGGUAGAGUGUCUAUGGAUAUUCUUGGUCGAGCUGAUCUAUACUCAUACGGCCUUCUUAUUUGGCGUUUGAUGCUGGAGGGCCGCAGUCCGUUCGACCGCCCAGACUGUGCAAAAGACCAUGUCGCAUUUCAAGAAUUAGCUGAUGAGAAACACUCGGAAAGACUGCCAAAGAUCGCUCAGAUGAAGCGUGAAGUCGGAGAUGGGUUCCUCAUGAGAGUUACUGCUACUCUUCCCGGAAAAGGAUUACAGAUAGCUCCACUUGAGUCUCUGUUCAAAGGCACACUGAGACUAAACCCGCAAGACCGCGUGCGGUCCUUCGAAGAUCUGCUCAAUAUGCCUGCAGAGGAACAGAGGUUAUAUUCAGGGAUAUCUACAUCCGAGAUAGAGGCCUCUCUAUUUGAAUCCCUACCGGGACUAUACAUCGGUCAAGCUACCCUGACACAGGAUUCGGUUCUGGACUUACACAGGCUAAAAGAGGUACUUCCGAGUAAAGUGCUCCAUCAAAUAUUCACGGAUCUUUCAACGCAAAGCCAGGUUAACCCGGAAAAGACGCUACUGGAUCUGUCUUUGUGUUAUUUCUUAGGGAUAGGUACAUUCCGUGACCAUCAGAAAGGAAUCAGCACUCUAUUAGACUCAGCGAGGGCCGGUGAUAAGCGAGCUAUGGCGAUUGCUUGGAGAAUAAACAGUGUGGUUCAGCCUGAUGUUGACUCUGACCACCCCUGGGACGAAUGGUUAUUCGAAGGGACCUGCAAUGGUUCGACUAUCGCAGCGGAGGACCUUGAGAGCCGGAAUCGGCCGUUAUUUGAAGUUGGUAUGCGAAUUUCCAAGGAGAAAUCCAGGUACGGUGUUUCUUUAGCUCACAUGGAUAAGGCCGAAGCAACCCGCCUAACAUCCAUGGCUAACUCUCAACAACAAGUGGACAAAUGGAUGAUGGACAACCCCGGAUCGACUAUAAAUUACCUCCACCAACUUGGCUGGACAUUGCUGCAUUUUGCAGCAGUGUCUAACAACGCACCCAUGAUAAAAUACUUGAUUGAUAAUGGCGCAGAAGUGAAUAGGCUUAACUUCAGGAAUGAAACACCAUUGCUUUGCGCUUGUCGAUGUGGAAAUCUAGACGCCACUCGAAUCCUAGUUCUCAUAGGAGCUUCAGUAACUCGAUGCAACGACUACGGAACAGCUCCAUUGCAUUACCUCAUAUCAUUUCACCCGGCAGAUGUUGCAGACGUUGUGCAAAUCCUAAUGGAAGCUGGUGCAGACCUUCAUGCGAUCUCUCUACCGGCGUGUUUGAGAUAUCCCCCUUUGCAGUUUCUUGGCGAGGAAAUAUUCUGCAGUGGCACACCUCUUCACUGGGCUACUUCAGUAAGACGAACAGACAUCGUGAAACAUUUGCUUGGAUUAGGAGCGGAUCCACGGGGAGACGACAGGCUUUCUGAGAGUCAUAUUGCCAAAGAAGUCCUUCGAUACGACGGAAGGGAAUCAGCAUUCCACUUGGCUGCUCAUCGCGCUGAUUCAAAGACACUCACAGUACUUUUAAACGAUAACAUCCCCGGGUACAGUAUACGCGAUACUGGGCUUCCUCACCCAAAUUAUAUUACGGUUUUGGCUCAAUCAGACUUUGAACGCAUGUGCGAGUAUGGGCCGUCAUACAGGGAUGAAGUGAUGAAGACCAUAUCGCUCUUGGAUCCUAAGCUGCACGUUUCACAAUUACUAACUGCUGCUACAAGUUCCGGCUCCGAGUCUAUGGUUGAGUACUUGUUAGAGCGUGGUGCCGACGUAAAUCAGUCAGAUUCCAAGUUUGGCAUCUAUCCUCUUCAAUUAGCCUCUUUAGGACACAAUACACAGUCAAUGAUCCUCUUCCUUCUAAAGUCUGGAGCUGAUCCGACGAACCAUUACCCUGACAAGAACGCGUCUUGUUUGACAUCACUUGCUUUGGGUUCCCCCGGGCCCUUGACUGGUACCCUUGUGGAAGAAAUGGUUCAACGUGGGUGCUCUUAUUCACGCUAUGCUGAAUCCUUCAAGAUGCUCUUCAUCAGGAUACUUAGGAACGGUGAUUUCCAUCUAGCGGGCACCCUCCUUUCAUCACCCGGAGCAAAAAAGGAGAAGAUGUUGGAAGGUGUAUUAGGAGACUUCAUUGAAGAAAACAGUCGCCAUAUACUGCCGGCAGUCCAUUUCCUUCUUCAUCGUGAGCCUCUAUAUCCGGUGCUCUUUGAAUCGGAGAGGGGUUCGACCAUCUUCCAUAAGUUGGCUGCAAUAAAAGAGACUCUCCGUGACGAUAAAUUGAACCAUCAGUUGGCCCGACAAAUCAUCUCCGUCUACAGGAAUCCAGACUACCUGAAUUCAAGAGACACAAAGGGUAGAACAGCCCUGGUUGUAGCCGUUCAAACUGGAAAUCACCUUCUAUUAAAGGAAUUGCUAACUGCAGGUGGUGAUUCAGCUGCAAAAUCCCCAGACGUCACGCUCCAGUUGAUAGAUAGGAUAUCAACUCUUGGCAACAUUCCCCUUUUAGGGAUUGACUUCUACACGACUAUAACACGGUACAAGACAUUCAACUUGUUGGUGGAAAAUACAGUUCACCUGGUGCUUACAUGGCUCAAUUACCUCGAAAAGGAGCAAGCUGUGUCUCCAGAUACUACGAAUGGAGUGGAAUACAGGCAUGUAAAGAGACUUCUAAAAGUAUGGGAGCAAGCGGAAGUGGUAGAAUCAAAGUUUAAGAAGUCUUUAUUCCAGGCGAUUUCCCGAGAGGUUACGGUAAAGAUCACUAAUCGAACUCUUAUCAACGAAGGAUGCGGAAAGGGUGACAGGCCACUGACAAAUGAAGAGAAGAAGAACAGUGCUUUGCUUCUUUGGGAAGAAUUCCUGUCCGACCUCCGUCAGUUAAUACAACAGAAUUGAAAGUUAACUCGGGGAAAAUGACCCUCUUUUAUUCCAAAUAAGUAGCCAUACUCUUAUAUAAACUGAUUUUUCUUUUGUGCUUGACAUUAGCCGAGGUGGUCGCGAAGAGUGAAUAAUUGUGUUUGUGAUGCGUCACAAGGGGUAUACUUUCUGUUUGGUGAGUAGGGAUACUUGGCUCCUGGCCCAAAUACGUGGCAGUGUGAGUCUACGGCUCCAAGUGGCAGCUUGAAUGUUGGCUUGCUAGGCUGCGCGUACCAAUCUGCCCAUUAGGGUCACCUUAUCAAGUAAGUCAAGUUCGAGUCCCACAUUUUGACUUGGAGAAAGGCGACUGAGACGGGAUGUGAUAUUCCGUGGAAGUCUGAGGGGUGAAUGCGGG